GACAGCUCACACUUUACGAAGCUCUCGCUUUUCGUAAUUGGCAUGGAGAGACUGCAUAAAGAGACCGGGGAAUGAGAAGCUGACAGUGAGGGACAGACUGCUGACUGGUGCAUGUGUGUGUGGAAACCGUUUGCUCUGGAGAGCCCCAAGUAUAUUGCUUAUGCACUGUGUUAUAUUGAGCGCUGGUAGCGUGACGUUCUGUUUGUUUAUUGAAUCUCCUUCCUGAUCUCUGACUUUGUUACACUGGUGCCGAAACCCAGGAAGGAAGCAGGAGAGCCAUCAUGCAAACUCCGACAAGUAUGCCAUUUGCGGAUGUCAUCUCAUCCAUCGCGGUUCUACAUCAAGCGUUACUGGAUAUGCGGAGUGACCAGGAGCGUCGCUUCCAGGCCAUUAUCCAGGCGCAACAGGAGGACCGCGAGAGGUUCCGGAGCUGGAUGGACCGGGAGGUUCGGGCAGAAGCAGCAGCUCAGCAGACCCCACCCACCCACCUGCCGCUGAACAAGAUGGGAGCUCAGGAUGACCCCGAAGCCUUCCUGGAUCUUUUUGAAAAAACAGCAGAAACCUGUGGGUGGCCACGAGAGCAAUGGCUGGUGCGCCUGAUACCGCUGUUGUCUGGAGAAGCACAGGUGGCUGCUCAGCAAUUGCCCGUACAGAACCUCCUGGUCUUCAAUGAUCUCAAAAGAGCCAUCAUCCAGCGGGUUGGCCGAAGCCCAGAGCAACAUCGCCAGCGGUUCCGUUCACUGGACCUGGGCAAGAGCGGCCGAACCUUCGUGAUGGCACAACAGCUCCGGGACUCAUGUCGCAAAUGGCUACUGGCUGAGGGAAGCGACGUCGAGCACAUCAUCGACUGUGUGGUACUGGAGCAGUUCAUCACUCGUCUGCCGAAGAAGACGGCAGAGCAUGUCGCAAAUGGCUACUGGCUGAGGGAAGCGACGUCGAGCACAUCAUCGACCGGGUGGUACUGA